AUGGAUACGUUGAAUACGACGGUGAUCGGUCCUCACGCCACAUUGUCGUUAAAUUCGUAUCACCGAUGGAAUACACUCAGUCCAUCAUUGAUGUCAGAAAAUGAUGAUGACAACAAUGAGAUGAAGACGUAUGGUCCAAUGAAGAUUGAACAUCCAUUUGAGAGCGAUGAUCAGGCCUACUUCUCUAGUAACUCUGCUGGUACCACUUCUGCUCAACAACUGCAACGUCGUCAACCAUCCGGAUCAUCAACUACGAUUCCUACAAUACCAUUAGCAUCUUGCGCCACUGCUGCAGCAUCCCUAUCAUCUGCAUUCAACAAACGGCUAGUAUCAUCAAACAGAACUCAUCAACAGCAUCAUGAUGCAAUCAUGACAGCAGACGAAGCGCAGUUGACCAGUGAGAGCGGUUCAUCCAAGCAAACUCUCGAGGUGCUACUAGCUAACGAGCGACAAUUUCAUCGUGGACUAACGAAUAAUUCGAUCUCCAUUUCUUUGAUUAAAGCUGAACGAAAUUCGCAACCAGGUGAAAAUUCAAAUUGUUAUUCGACUGCAACACAACCUUCCGCAACAGAACCAGCAGGAACAACGCCAGCUGAAUUGUCAGGAGACCGCAGAAAUGACGAAAUAUCAGUACCAACCAGUUCCGUAGCGAACAAUGCGAACGAUGCUGCUCAAAUGGAUAUUUAUCGGGAUUUGAUACUACGACAUCUCAUUCAAGAUAUAAAUACAACAUGUACCAAACUUGGACUACCAACAGACCCGCAAGCUUGGAGUGCCGAGCAUAGUGCCCGCUGGAUGUCUGAAAUGUGCGUGCAAUUUCAACUUCCCCCACCACGACAAUUAUACAUGAACGGGCGUACUUUAUUAUCGAUGACACAGGACGACUUUAUGGUUCGAGCACCAGAAGGGGGUGACACGCUGCAUGCACAAUUACAAUUAUGGAAAACUGCAUAUGAUUCAUACAGCCAACAAAAUAACAACAACACAACCACCAACAACAACAGUAAUAAUAAUAACGGCAACAAUCAAGGCAUCUCACAAAUAACCCAAAACUGUAAUCGUUCCUCACAAUAUUGGGUGAAUCCUUCUCCACUGGCGUUGAAUGUAACAGAACAAGGAGAACUGCUAACAUCAGCGCAAGAUUAUUUAAAUAAUUUCAAUCCAAGCAAUACCGAUGCAGCUAUUGGCAUGAGCUGUUAUCCUAACAAUACAUAUCAAAACGUAUCUCAAGAAGGAACUCUUCUUGGAAAUGCUGCUGUACAACAGCAAUACUAUGCAUCAGCCCAGACCGCUGGAAUCGGAAUUUUACCGAGUCCAAGCGAUUCUGAAAUAUCUUCUAACGACUCUUCAAUGAAUGAUGUAAAUACUAUUGAUGGGACUAUCAUUGAUGCUCGACAAACAGGCACACCACAAUUCCCUCGACAUUCUGGCACAGUGCAUCUUUGGCAUUUCAUCAGAGAGUUGCUGGAUCAUCCGAAGCAAUAUAGCUCAUGUGUUAGAUGGGUUGAUAGGCAGGAAGGUACUUUCAAGAUAGAAUCGUCACACCACCUGGCUCGUUUUUGGGGUCAGCGCAAAAAUCGAGCCCAAAUGAAUUAUGAUAAAUUGUCACGAUCGUUGCGACAGUAUUACAAGAAAGGUAUUAUUCAGAAACCUGAGAAGAAGCAACGUCUUGUUUACAAGUUCCUUCCGCCAUAUAAUUUGUAA